GGGCAUUGAUUCUAGCAGUGCUAGCCUAUGGACGACUACUGAACAGAGUUAUAGCAGGAAAGUUGCUGCAGUGCAUUCCUUGGGGAGGGGGUUAGUGCAUUCCACAGGUGUUGUGGGACUACAAGUCCCAGCGUGCCUGGCAUACUUUACAUAGCAUCCACCACAGGCCAUGAUGCACCCCCCUGCUGUUGUGGCACUACAUGUCCCAUCAUGCCUGACAACAACUAGAAAGUUCUGUGCGCUUCCCUCUUAUUUUUUUCUGAAACUCUCAGUUGGGCAUCAGAAACUGUGGAGCUGCAGAACCUUGAAUUCCUAAGCUGUUGUGGAACUACAAGUCCCAUCGUGUCUGGAAUACUUUUACAACGACCUUAGAGAUAGGAUGAUGUGGGACAGGAUUGGAAUCUGUCUGCUCUUUACGUGUGUGGGGUUCCACUUUAGCGCCGCCUGUGUCCCAGGAAGUCGUACCUGUGAAACUGCCAACACUACCUCCCUGGAUGCCUGGAUCUGCUCUCUGAUUGGCACUUUGUUGGUGGGACUCAGUGGGGUCUUUCCACUCCUGGUGAUUCCUGUUGAAGCGGGCGCCGCGCUCAGAUCUGAAGAGGGCUCCAAGAGGCUGAAGCAGCUGCUGAGUUUUGCUAUUGGUGGUUUACUGGGCGAUGUGUUUGUUCAUCUUCUGCCGGAGGCCUGGGCUUACACCUGCAGCCCUGCAACAGGGAGCGCUCAGUCCCUCCAGCAGCAGCGUAUCCUCGGCCUAUGGGUUAUCAUAGGAUUCUUCACCUUCCUAAUUUUGGAGAAAACGUUUUCCAAUUGGAAAAAUGAAGAACAGACGGCAGUUAAUUCUGUUCGGAAAGUAGCUCCCAGCAGCUUGAUGAAUGGCAAGCAUGGGGUGAACAAAAAGCAGCGCUCUGUACAACAGAGACCUAAAAGUGACAGUAUUAAGGUCAGUGGCUAUCUCAAUCUGCUGGCCAACACCAUUGAUAACUUCACCCAUGGCAUGGCGGUGGCGGGCAGCUUUCUGGUCAGUAGAAAGGUGGGAAUUCUCACAACUGUGGCCAUCUUAUUACACGAAAUUCCCCAUGAGGUUGGGGAUUUUGCAAUUCUCCUCCGUGCUGGAUUUGACCGCUGGAGUGCAGCUAAGAUGCAGCUGAUGACUGCCAUGGGAGGUAUCCUCGGCGCGGGCUUUGCUGUCUGUGUGCAGUCACCCAAAGGGGUCGGUGAAGCAGUGGCUUGGAUUUUACCCUUCACAUCAGGCGGUUUCCUGUACAUUGCACUGGUUACUGUACUCCCUGACCUUUUGGAAGAGAAAAAUACAAGAAAUUCUCUCAUCCAAGUCCUGCUGAUUAGCUGUGGCAUUGUUGUGAUGACAAUCCUGUCCUUAACCGUGGAGUGACUACAACCCAUGCAAGACGAGACGAGUCUGCAGGACCUAUCUGCACAAGAAAUGUCCCCCGUGGGGCAGGCCCGUGUGCACGACCAUUCGUGGUUUCCAACGUCGGACAUGGCACCCCUUCCAAGUCACCGAUUGUUUCAUUUAUUUUUUAUUUUUGUGGGCUUGGCCUUUCUAUUGCUUGUCUUGUGUCUGCAUAUGUGGCCAAGUCUUCUUUGUGCAAGCCUGUGUGUCGCCUGCAUCUUCAGUAUAUCCUGCUGCUUGCCUCGUCUGUCCUCCUAUAAGCCCGUGCGUCCACCCUCGUCCAGCGUUUUAUAUGUUUGUGUACACAUACCGUGUACUUCUGCAGGUACACUAAGAAGAGACGAGCUUUCUGUACCUUCUACCGUGCAAGAAAGUAUUAUUCUACAGCUUACAGGUUAAAGACCUGAUUGCACAAACCUGAAACUCACUUUAGUUACUGUUACCAAUUGUAUUCAUAGACACCAGAACCACUGAUGUUUUUUAAUGGUUUAUUCAACUUCUCGGAAAGCAAUAAGGAUAUAGAAAGAGGGGUCUUGUUUCUGUGCUGUAGCGGAUAAUUUAUUCACCUGGUUGGGGUGAAUGCUCCCCUCACAGUACCAGCAGGGCGGUAUAUAAAUCAUUCUAGGCCAGCCUUAAAGGGAAUCUCCACCUUCUGUCGUCAUGUCAAUAUUAUGUCGACAGUUCUGUGCUGAUUUUAUAUAUAUUUUUUUUAAAUAUAGCUUUUAUUGUGAUCAGAACUCCAAAUCCCAUGCAUGGACAUAAAGUUAAAGCCUGUGGACAUCUUCGGGGCACGUUUUAUGUUUGCAUUCUACUCCUUUUUGGAUAAAAAUACAUUUUUCAAUAGGUCUUUAUUAAAAAUGUUCAGCCGUUUCUGGGAUACAGGGUUAAAAAAAACAGUCCGUUUCCAGGCUCGAACUUCUGUUUCCUUUUGAAUCCUUUCUUUCAUGUGUAGCACUUAUCUCUGCUCUCCUGACCUCAUAAAGACAUCAUAGCUCAAUUCCUAUUCAACAGGUAAAGAAUAUGGCUUGAAUAAGUGUUUAGGAGGUCAGGAGAUCAGAGGUAAGAGCUACAUAUAAGCCAUCAGAUGAUGGGAUUAAUAGAAAACAGAAACUGCCUGAAAACAGACAGAUUUUUAACCCUGUAUCUCAGAAACGGCUGAACAUUUUUAAUUUUAAAAAAAUAUUGAAAAAAUGAUCUUUAGCCCAAAAUGAGCAAAUUGCAAUCAUAAAGAAAUGCCCCCAAAGGUUUAUGUAGCUUUUAUAAGAUAACAUGCAAACUACCUGCAGCCACCACUAGGGUGAGCUUAGAAACUUACCACAUACUGUCUCCGAUUUAUUCAUCGUAAAGAUGGCGUAAGGUUCGACAGGUUGUCUCAGGCUGGAUGAUAAAUAUGGGGCAGGGUCACUUUUUAACUCUAUACCAAGUAUUGGUUGUAUUACUUUUAGACCAAAAUUGUAAAUUGGUGCAUCUUUUCCGAAAAAGCUGUCCCUUCUCUCUAAGUUAUGCCUAUUGAUGAGCAUGUUGGGGAAAAAAAGUGUAGAAACCCUUGGUGUGCCAAUUGGCUCCACUUUUUAGACAGAUUUUUGGCACACAAUAGUAAAUCUGGGCCACUGUGUAUUGAACUCUGUGUAUAACAGUGUGCAGUUAGCACCCUCUAGUGGCCAAGAAUGGAUCAGUUAUGGUUCCAGCCAUCAAAGAAUUUGUUGUGGGCCUCCUGGCUGAAAGACGUGCUGUAUGCAAAAACCAGACCUUGUGUCUUGAAAAAGGUCGUUUGCUCCAGUACAACAGCCCAGAUGAAGACGUGCAGGUCCCAGUCUUUGGACAGAGUCAUGGUGGGACAGGCAUUUUUUUGGGGGAGAGGCUGGUCAUACACUUGGUGUAAUUGCCAACCAAAAUGAUCACCCCUGUACUAACAUGCAUAUGCUAUAUAUGGAUUCCUAUGGAGAGCAGAGGCGUUAGAGGCUAGCAGACACCUCUCAUGCCAGUCAUGGAGGGAGGAACAGCUUUGAACCCAGCUCAUGUCUGAUCUAUUCACCCUGAGAGUGGGCACCAAAAUCCUCACUUAAUCAACAGAUUCUGGCACAAUUCGGGGGAUACACUGCCACCACUUUGCAUAUUGAUCAGAUCGAUGGGGGGUCCAACACCCUUCACGUCCAUCAAUUAACCACUUUGACCAACCACCAGAGCCAGAAAUGACACAGUGGGCAGAGCAGAAGCAGAUGGCGCAAUCCGUUGUGGUGUACUGCAGCUUAGCUUCCUUUCAUUUGAAUAGGAACUGAGCAAUAGUACCCCGACACGGCUAAUAUACAGUGGUCAGGUGUGAGACCCCCACAAAUCUGAUAUUGAUGACCUAUCCUGAGUAUAGGACAUCAAUAUCGAAGUCCUGGAAAACUGAAAUAUCCAUCCUGGAAUAUUAUUUUUAUCAAUCCUAAAUAGGUUCAUUGUAGAUUUUUAUUUUAUUUUUUAUAAUUACCUAACUUUUCUUUGCAGUGGUCAAAGCUCCAUUUUUCCAAAACGAAAGCUGUGCUGCGACAGCUGGCGACAGGCAGCAAAGACCGUUUUUCUUUAGACCGUUUUAUAAAUAUGCACCUUAGAUUUAAAAUAUAAUAUUCUGGCUGCCUGCAGCCACCACUAGAGGGAGCUUAGGAACUUUAAACAAAUAAUAAGAGGGUUUACAGUGAGCUCCAAAGCUUCCCCUAGUGGUGGAUGCCGGUAUUUAUCUGGUAAAUCUUAAUCUAUGCAGAGGAAUUGCAGCUCUGUAUCAGAAAAAUUGAGCACUGACCACUGUAACGAUACAUUAAGGUUUUAAUCGGCACCGAAAUUUGGACCUAAAAAAUAACAUUAUGAUAAAAAGCAGAAAAUCAUAUUUUCUUUCCCCCUCUAGAGGAAAAUGCAGUGGCUGAGGUUGGAGAAACAGCCAAGCGGUCUGUGCUACGCCGAUUCCAUAGCUCCAAUUCACCUUCAUUGGAGUUGGGAAAACUGCACAGCCCUUUCAGCUUUUUCCGUCAUCCCUGCCACCUCUGACCACCGCGUACGAUGGGUAUUUUGAUCUUAGCCAUGAAUGAGUAUGCAUUUUAUAUACUGUCAUAGGUUGCAUUGUGCAUCAGACAAAGUAGGAGUUACAGAGACGGACCCCCUGUUACAACCCGGGCAUAUAGAUAUCUAUGUGUAUAUAUGUAUAGAGAGAGAUGGUUUUUACAAGAGUUGGAAUAGAUCUAAUUUUGCAUACCUCUAUAUGUUGAGAGAGAUUUAUAUUCUUUUGCAUGAUAUCUUAAAAAUAAUAAUUAAAAAUGUUUUCUAUUUAUUCAUGAUAAAUAA